UAAACACUUUUGAUUUCACUUUUCUUAUAUUUUAAUUUUUAUUAUACUUAACUAUUUUCAAAUAAUAACAGAAUUAUUUUUAGUCAGAGCAUAAAAUUACAAGUAUUAAAACUCAUAAUAAUUAAUAUAAAACUAUCGUAAUUGUUCGAUGUUGAUAUCACAUAAUUUCCAUCAAUAAAGGAAGGAUAUAAAUUAUAUAAUGCAUACAAACGUUUUAAAUUGAUUGCCAAACAUGACUUUGUCGGGAUAUUGAGAUACAUUGUAUUGUUUACGAAGGCAGUACGUUAUACGCAAUACCGGCGGGCAUGAUCGUUUAACCUUACUAGCCAAUUAGUAUAAUAUCACCCUCAGCAACAUGCAGUCCUGGCUGCAAAACAGAUGGACCAGCCUCUCCCUCCUUAUUAUGGCCUUAGGAGGCUUAAUGUUGUUCCUGUAUGGAUUUUUUCCACUAAAAUAUCAUUCAGGAACCCUGGCCCAUAUGGAUGACUUACCUAACUUUAUUGAUGGUAUCAGUAUUGAUGGUCAUGAAGUAUACAAAACUGAGGAAAACUCAGUAAUCCUUAUGGUCAUUGAUGGCUUACGCUAUGACUUUGUCACUGAUGAGUAUAUGCCAUACACUGGGCAACUACUGAAAAAUAAAUCUGCCUGUAUUUAUGUGUCAGUGGCUGAACCACCAACAGUCACUAUGCCUAGGAUUAAGUCACCACAGAGAAAGAAGGAAAAGGCACAAUGGAGACGCACCAUAAACUUCUGGAGGGAUAUAUUUGCUAUGAUGACAGGCAGCGUCUCAACAUUCGCCGAUGUGGCUCUGAAUUUCGGUGCGCCGGCCGUUCGUGGCGACAGCGUGCUGCGAGUCGCCGCAUCUAGAGGACGCCGCUCCGUUAUGUACGGCGAUGACACCUGGCUAAGACUGUUCCCCGGACUUUGGGCGGAAUAUGACGGAACCACGUCGUUUUAUGUCACAGACUACACCGAAGUAGAUAAUAAUGUAACAAGGCAUUUAGACAAAGUUCUCGCUCCGGAUGAGAAGAUGAAACCAAGUUUCGAUUUCCUAGUACUACAUUACUUAGGUUUAGACCACAUUGGACAUUUAGAAGGCGCUCGCAGCCCUAUGAUUAAGCCUAAACUAUUAGAGAUGGAUGCUGUAGUUAAAAAAAUAUACACAGCAAUGCAAAAAUGGGAUCGUGCAGGCACGCUGAUCGUGUGCGGUGACCACGGGAUGCGGGACGCGGGAGGACACGGAGGCGCCUCGCCCGCUGAACUACUCGUGCCGCUCGUGCUCGCACGCACGCCACUCUUCCAAUGCCCGCAUCCAGCGGGUCCGGGCCCGACUGUGGCCCAGGUGGACGUGGCGCCAUCUGUGGCGUGGCUGUUGAACGCGCCAAUACCGGGCGAGAGCGUCGGCCGACUGCUACCAGCACUGCUGCCGUCCGACCUUCGCCAGCAUCUGUACCUGCUGCACGUGCUGGCCGCGCAUAAUGCACGCCAAGGAGUACCUACCGAUGCUGAAUAUUACAAGCAAUUUCAACGCGCCCAAUCACAAUUCGCCCAUUACCUAGCAACCGGGCAGCAGAGCGCUGCUAAAAUAGCCAAGGACUUCUAUGAAGAGUCUCUCGAAGCAAUGUCCAAGUAUCUCUCUGAGCAGAUGGUCGAUCUGGAUAUGUUUGCUAUUGGCAUUGCUGUCGUCAUUCUGUACUUUAUCGCCAUCACCCUGUUUUGUAUAACACUAUAUUCUCUACAACCAGAACAGACCCGUAAAACAAGUACGGGCCAUCAUCGCAAAUCCUCUGCGGGUUUAUUUGUCGCAUUCAUCAUAGUACUGAUCAUCUGCACUAUUAUCCUCGUAAUAUCCUGUUUCAUCACAGAAACCAAGAGCCAGUUCUGUUCUUUCAACUCCGCCUGGAUUUUAGUCUUUGCAUUAACAGCCUGUGUCUUAACUAUGUCCUAUUUUAUAGCUAAAACUGCUAUUGAGAACACAAAGAAUUUAACAACACUAAAUGAUUUCAAUAUUAUGGAUUACUUAUUAAUAUUUGGUACAGUGUUUCAUUCGUGGUCGUUUUUCGGUACCAGUUUUAUAGAAGAGGAACAUAUGACAUGGUAUUUCUUGUGGAAUACUCUAAUGCUCUUCAUAUUGCUACGGACAGUAGUGGUAGUGAUAAUGUAUGUGGGGAAGAUGUUCAUUGGAGCCACUGAGGUGCAGGAGAAACCGGAACUCUAUAAAAAGAUGGACUUCAAUAUUGGUUUGCUGCCGAAAUGGGUGUUACUCAUUGCUUUACACAGGUAUCUUAGAACGAUGAAUCAAACUGGAGACAGGUGGCUAUUUUUGCCAGACACAGCGGACUGGUUGAACGCGCCCGAAAAUUCUAUAUACUUACAGGCCCAUUUAGUCAUCGGAACUAUUCUUACAUUGACAAUUUGUCUAUGGAAUAUCCGGUACAUGAACAACGUGAUGCAUAUGCACACUGCAUUCACAAUAGCAGCCGCGGUCUGCAUACUAUGCUAUCGAAUAAAUACGAAAGCACUAGGGUCACCCUUCGACGAUAUACAAUCCUGGGACCCGGUGACCAUAGUGAACUUUUUCUGGGGAGUCCUCAUAGCACAGUUUGUUUUCGAGAUAUUAACAUAUAUUGGAACAUUCAAGAUUUGCAGCAUACAUACUGGUACUUCAAGAGCCAACAAUAAGUUUAUUUACAACAAGCCAAAAGCGAAACGUGAAGAUUAUUUUUACGAUCCCCUUGUAGAAGAACCGUGGAAUCUUGAUGAAGUAAAAUUAAGUUUGGCACGUUCAGUUUCGCACCUUAUGUUGAAUUAUAUAAUGCUUAUUGUUAUUUUGCUGAUGCGGCCGCACAAUGUUAUAAUGGUACCGAGUGUUUUCAUAACAUGUAUGUUGACUUCGAAAUGCUUAGAUCAUAAACUAUUGGAUACUAGACCUGGAAGGAAUACAGACAUAGUCGACACUUUGAGUCAAGUGCUAGUGCAUCUGUGGAUCGGUCAGGUGUUUUUCUUCUAUCAGGGCAACAGCAACAGCCUGGCGUCGGUGGAUCUGGGCUCGGGCUAUGUGGGACUGCGUGAGUACUGCGCGGUGCGAGUGGCGCUCCGUAUGGGGCUGCACGCGUACGGCGGGCCUGCUGUUGCAGGCGCAACACUAUUCGCACAUAUCGCCACGGCGCCAUCCUGGCACCAGUACUUACAAACGUUGUGGAGAACUGUAAACAUAUUCGCUGUGCAUCGAACAUACGCGGUGGCAUUAUAUUGCAUAGUGACGGUGUUCUUCAGGCACCAUCUCUUUGUAUGGACAGUAUUCUCUCCUAAGCUACUGUAUGACUUUGUAGCGACGGUAUUCACUAUACAAGCGUUGACAUCAAUAGCACAAAUCGUUGGUCUAACGCAUUUUACGAGCUGGCUCGCUAAAACUCUUACUUAUAAAUCAAGACUGUGAUAACAAUGCUUUAUAGUUCAUUAUAAUAUCGUUCAUAGUAUAAAUAGUAUGAUACUGUUAAUUUUUUAUACUGUCAUUAUUAUCGUAGAGUAUGUUGGGUCUUAACAUGAACUUUACGUAAGUUCCUAAAUAUCAAAGACAUUUAAAAAAAACAAUGAUUUUAUAAUAUAAAGUAUAUCUCUCCAGGCGUAUUGACUAGUUUGCACUAAUCAAGUCACAAGCUAAGAUAAAAUACUUUAUUUAGAACUAGUGACCCGCCUAUGCCCAAUACAGACAUAGGCUGUCACUCAGAAAAAUAUCUGUUGAACAGUGACAUCGGUGCCGUGGUUCCGAAAUUUGCUUUAUACCAUGUGCACUGUAGCAUGGUACCGGUGACAGUUUCAAUAACGUUUGGUUUCACUCUUUAAAGUUGUCGCCACAGUUGAAAUAUUUACAAAUUAUUUUAGCUGUACCACUUCUGCAAUAUAUUAAAUCAUUAAUAACUGUAGUAACUUAAAUUUAACCCAGCCAGAAUGUUCAGGUCGACUAAUAAAGGCAACUGUCACCCGCACCAUGCUAUAGCGCACAUGGUAUAGGUACUCGUAACUAAAUCCGUUCUCUCUCUCUCUUUUUCUCACUUUAUAAGCAUAAAUUAAAUUAUAUAUUCUUAAGUCUCGACAAGCUCUACUGAUAAUAAAAUACUGGUAUCACUAUAAUAGUAUUUUGUUGUUUUAGUUCAUCAGUAUUAAGAUAUUCUAAGUUUUAAAAGAGACACUAACUAGUACCGUAGCCAUUGCUAGAAUGAUAUAGAAAUAUAGAAUUGUUCAUUAAAUAAAUAUCCUUUAUAUAAAUAAAAGUGCCAGCUAUAAGCUAACAAAGUUUGCGCUAAUAAGAUGAACCAUGUGGCAACGCAUUAACUUAGAAACAAAUAAAAUGGUCAAUCAUUGAAUGUCUCGUAUAGAUCGCAAACGAA